UUGUAAACAUUGGGACUCCCAAUUCUCAAGAUAUUCUGUGCAAAACUGCUGCUCGAAGUCUUCACUAUGGACAGCUACUACACUCUACUCAGUUCAAUCCACUCUAACGUCAGCAAUUUCCGGCAGAUGUUGUCCAACUCCGGCGUUUCCCUAUACCUGCAGACGAUCUUUAUUUGGUCCAUCCCCUUCAUCUUCUUCCUUCUAGCUGCCACGGCACCCGUGUGGCUUCUUUUUUCUAACAAAAAAGUGCAGACUAAGAAGACAAUCAAGAAGGUCCCUGCUGGAGACCCCUCGGAAACUUUGCACCGGAAGUAUAAUGGGAACCAUGUAUUUGAUGAUUCCAAGUACUCGAUGGAAUUGCAGAUCCAGGAAGUUUUGCUAGCCUCUCUCUCUUCUGAUACGGCAAGUAUUGCAUCUUCAUCUAGCCAAGGAAGGAUAGAAGAUGUGGAUUCAAGGCAAGUCAAGAUUGAUAAUGAUGUGGAUAAUGCAUCCCAAAUCUUCUGUGGAAUAUGUAUGGAAGCUAAAGAAAGUUGGGAGAUGUUCAGAAAUGAUACUUGCGACCAUUCGUUUUGUUAUGAAUGCACGAGCCAGCAUAUUGUGGCAAAGAUCCAAGACAACUUGAAAAUCAUUAGUUGUCCAGGAGCAGAUUGCAAGGCAACGUUAGAUUUUAACAUCUGUAGGCUGAUGAUCCCGAAAGAUGUCCUGGCUAAGUGGGAUGACUUCCUAUGCCAGUCAUUGAUCCCCAACUCCCAGAAAUUGUUCUGCCCUUUCCGUGACUGUUCAGCCAUGUUGAUACACGAUUCUGGGGAAGUCAUAAAGGAGAUAAAGUGUCCUGCAUGCCGGAGAUCAUUCUGUGCACAAUGUCAUGUGCCAUGGCAUUCAGAAUUUAAAUGCAAGGAGUUCCAGAAGCUAAAUGCGAAGAAGGGAGGAAAGGAUGAUGGUCUGUUCAAGCUACUUGCUAAGAAGAAAAGCUGGCAGAAAUGUCCUAGUUGCAAAAUGCACGUGGAAAAAAUCGAGGGUUGUAUUCACAUCACUUGUCGCUGCAGCUAUGAAUUCUGCUACAGAUGUGGAUCAAAAUGGACUUCAUCUCAUGCCUGCAAAAAGUCGUAAACUGCUAGAAGAGCUUGAGGCUGGAGAUGCAUAAGGGCUAAGAGUAGUCGUGAAUUGUUAGGAUGACAGAUCAAUUUUCUUUUUCUUUUUUUGGUUAAUUUUCACUAAGUUAUGUUGAAAGGGACACUGUACAGAGUUAACAGAUCAAUAUGAAUUCAGGACUACAGAGCCUGUACAGGUAGGUUUA